GAAAAGUCACCGUCGCCUUUCGCAUUGGUUUUUUUGCAGCGCCGGAGGUCGUAGCCGUGUAACCGCGCCGGCGAAGAGAAAGCCCGCCUGGUAUGUUCGGAGAGCGGCAGGGAGGCGGCUUUGUCUCCGGAGCCACUUUCCUCCCAUCCAGGGCGGCAAUUUGAGUAGAAAAGAGCGGGCGAGACAAGUGGCGUCGGCGGCGGAGAAAGAGGGCAUGGCGGACAGUGACCCUCAGAGCGUCAAGGAGCUCUCUCAGUUUGCAGAAAAUCUCCUACAACAGCUGCAAGAAAACUUUGAAGAUCUGACUGAUAAAUUAUCUCUAAAAAUGGAUGAGAUGGGUGAACGGAUAAAUGACUUGGAAAAGCAUGUUGCUGAACUAAUGGCUGAAGCUGGAAUAGAAAAUGCUAAUGAAGAUUCUGAACGAACCAAAGACAUCAAGGAAACACUGGAUAGAACAUGAAGACUUUAAGACUAAGUACGGUCUAUGUUUGUACAAAUGUUAAGAUAUUUGUUAAAAGACUGUAUAACUAAAGGAUACAUACUAUAUCAUCAGCUACAAAAAAAAUCAAGCUGUAAAUAUUUCUGGCCUAUAUUGCUAUAAUAUAGAAUCAUGCAAAUGUGAUGGGCAGUAUAGAAAUUUAAUACAUAAAUAAGGAAAAUUCUUACAAUUUUUUUUUGCUUAAAAGUGACAUUAAAGGCUGAAAACUACUUCAUAUUAACAUUGAAUUCAUGACAAUUCAUAUACAUUUUUGUAUGAAUAUAUUUAUAAGCUUUUAUACCAAGUUUAGUUUCCAUUUUCCCCUUGAAGUUUGUUUUCUUAAGACUAUCAAGUACAAAGAAAGCAGAGUAAAAUUCCAUGCUAAUAGUUAAAAUUAGUGUAAUCUCUAUUUCGAUUAGUUUUCCUCUAUUGAGAUCGUUUUUGAAGUCAUAUUGCUAUAUCUAAUGCAAUUCUGAACAAUUUCUACCAUGAUUUUUAAAAUAAUAUUCCUAGGAGGCCCUUCAAGGCUUAACUACUGCAAUACAUCCUAUAGGGAACUGCCCUUGAAGACUACCCAGAAGCUUCAAUUGAUCCAGAAUGCAGAGGCAUGGGCAGUAACAGAUAUGCCUGUGUAAUACUCUUGCUUUGUGAACUGCACUGGUUGCCAGUUUGUUUCUGAGUGCGAUUCAAUGUGGUGGUAAUUACCUAUGAAGCCUUACAUAGAAUAGGGUCUGAUUAUUUGAGGGACCGCCUACCUCUUGUAGUAACUGUCUAGCAGAUUUGAUUCAGGUUUUGCAUACUCCAAUUGUUUUGAUUAAACAAUACCACCUCUCAGCAUCCAGAAGUGCAUAUUCUCUGCUGGAGUGCUUGCCCUCUGGAAUGAGGUUUUCCACAAGAACUAGGUGGUUUUUAUAUUGUUGUUUUAGAGCACGGGUAUCAAACUCAAUCGUAUCAUGUGACAUAUUGCGAUGUUUUUUGCCUUUGCGGAGCAGGGAUGGGCAUGGCCUGUAUGUGACGCAUCGGCCAGCGGGCCACCAGUUUGACACCCCUGUUUUAAAGGGUCUUGUACACCCGGCUCUUUGCCCUGGCCUUUGACUACGAUGGAUGUAGUAUUUUCCAAGGAUAACUUAAUUUUUGCUUUUUUUACCUUUUGCAAGGACUUUUAUUCCUUGUUUUUAUUGCAUUGUAUUGUUUCUUUUGUUUUUGCUUGUGAACUGCCUGAAAUUGUUGGGAGUUGGACAUUGUACAUAUUUACUAACACAAAAUUACGAUUUUCAGCAAAUGAACUAAGGAAAUUAGAUAACUGAAGGAUGUCAGAAAUAUAACCUGAACCUGGAUGACCUUUUUCAUAUAUCAUGCUAAGUCAUAGUUUGGUUCAUCAUGGUUUAAUGAGUAAGCAAAAAACUGGAUACAUUUGUGCAAUACUCUAAGUUAUAAAACAUGAUUUACAAAUUGCAAUUUGUCAAUCACACUAAACCAAAAAUAAAAAGAUCACACUGGUUUACUGUA